AUGCCUCAGUCGGACUACUGGCCGUUUAAAAAUCAAACCGAUCCUAUCGAAACUAAUCCGGAGCCAUCUAUAUUGCAAAAACAGAUUGGUGCUAUGGAAGGAGAAGUGAAGGAAAUACAAAUGGAGUUGGCAGCGCUCAGACGGGACCGCGUGAAUUUACAUAGCCGGAAACAAUCCUUUAUUUCUCCAGAACCCGUUAAGCCAGAUUCUACUUACGUAGAUACGGUUAAGGACCGAGAGGAUGUAGACUAUACAAGAAUACCACAGCUUCGGGAAGAGUUAAUCCGAGCCAAAAAUGCGGCGGAUGAAGAAAGGUUCGAAAGAGAAAAGUAUGAAGGGAAAUUGAAAGAUUUAGAAUCAAAACUGAACACUAUAUGCAAUGUUUGCAUUGUUGAGGACACUCGAAAGAAAACAAAUGAAGAAGUUACAACAUUGAAAAACAAAAUAAGAAACAUGCAAGAAGAAGCCGAUGAGAUGAAAGUGACGAUAACUGAGAAGAAUGAGCAGUUACAAGAUUAUCGAAUUAAGUAUCUUCAAGCGCAACAGCAAGUUGAGGAACUGAAAAGGCAACUAGAUUUAAUUGAAUACGAUAACAAACAAGUUUCCGAUCAAAUACAAAUCGAAAUACAAAAGAUGAAGAUGCAGUUCCAGGAGAAGUUGCAAGAGCUGGCACCAUUACCGGAUUUAUUAAAGGGUGCCCAAAUACAGCUGCAAGAAGCUAGGCAGUUGCAGAAGUUAGCUGAGGACAGCUCGCAGCAACUUUCGUCAGAGCUGCAUAAAGUCAAAGAAAAGCUUGUUAUAGCGGUGAAUAAUCUUAAUGCUGAAAAAAUCGAAAGGUCAAAGCUCAUAGAAGAGAACAAAGAAAUGAAAGCGGAGUUGGAGAUAAAGAAUCAGGACGUAGCUGUAUUAAACAAUAACGUGGAUGAUAUGAAGUGUAAAGUCCUCCGUCUGGAGGAGAAAUUGGUACAGUUGGAAACCCGUUAUAAAGAGAAGGCGUCGGAGUGCGCGGCCUUCAUCAAAGACAUGGACGAAAUGCGGGUGGAAAGUUCCAGAACAUUGUCGCGCAGCAAGGAGCGGGCGGAGUCGAUGAGGCGAUACAUGCAGAGCCAGAUAUCGGAGCUGGAGCGGCAGCUGAUACAGAGCCGCGCGCAGUGCAGGGCCUGCCAGAAGGAGAGGGACGAUAUCCGACAACGCAUGAAUCUGCAAAUCAAUAAUCUGCAGGAGAAUUUCGAAAUGGCCGAGAUUCGUUUGCGUACAUUGCAAAGUCAAAUAGCGUCUCUGAAAAACAGCUACGCAGUUAUACUGGCUGAUGACGACGACAAUGGGGAAUUCAAUAAAAUAGCAACGACAUGCGACUGA